CGUGGCCACGUGCUUCCAGAGUCGCCCGCAAACGGGAUCGGGACUCGCGUGGCUCUCAGCCUGCACAGCGCAGCGAUGUCCGGAGCAUCCGCCAGGAGCCUGGGGAAGGGAAGCGCGCCCCCCGGCCCGGUCCCGGAGGGCCAGAUCCGCGUUUACAGCAUGAGGUUCUGUCCCUUCGCUCAGAGGACGCUGAUGGUCCUGAAGGCCAAGGGAAUCCGGCACGAAAUCAUCAACAUCAACCUGAAGAGCAAGCCCGACUGGUUCUUUAAGAAGAAUCCCUUUGGGCUGGUGCCGGUUCUGGAGAACAGUCAGGGUCACUUGGUCACCGAAUCUGUCAUCACUUGUGAGUACCUGGACGAGGCAUACCCAGAGAAGAAGCUAUUUCCAGAUGAUCCAUACGAGAAAGCGCGCCAGAAGAUGACCUUUGGGUUAUUCUCUAAGGUGCCGCCUUUGGUUACAAGCUUUAUUAGGACGAAGAGAAAGGAAGACUGUCCUGGCAUAAAGGAAGAACUGAAGGCAGAGUUCAGCAAGCUGGAGGAGGCCAUGGCUAAUAAGAAGACAGCCUUCUUUGGCGGGAAUUCUCUCUCUAUGAUUGAUUAUCUGAUUUGGCCUUGGUUUCAACGACUGGAAGCAUUGGAGCUCAAUGAGUGUAUAGCCCACACUCCAAAACUCAAGCUCUGGAUGGCAGCCAUGGAGAAAGACCCUGUCGUAUCAUCCCACUUCAUUGAUGCCAAGACCUACCAGGAUUACCUAAGCCUCUACCUACAGGACAGCCCGGAGGCCUGUGAUUAUGGGCUCUGAAGGGCAAGAGCACUCAGCAAAUGUUUUCCUUCACUGAUUGAAUAACAUGCUUUUAUUUUACCCAAUA